AAUUUUAUUCUUCAGUGUACAGGCUUCCUGUUAAUUUUUCUGCCAUAACUUAUACCUUUUGUACUUUGGUAUCUAUAGGUUUGUCAUUCUCUUUCAUUUGUGUGUCUGAGCGUGUAGGAGGGAGAGAGAAAGCUUGAGGACAAGAUAGUGACAGUUACAUGUGUCUGGAAUUCUAGAAAUAACAAUGCUCACCAUUAACAACUUCUUAUUAGGAGUUAUCUUCCAGGACAUUCUGGCCGCAGCAGAGACAGCAGAGAUUCUCGGAGAAGCAGAGAUGAGGACAGGAAGAGGAGGGAUGAUGACAGACGCAGCAGGAGGUCUCGUUCCUCGUUCGAGGUCCCGAGACAGGCGCAGAUCACGUUCGAGGUCCAGAGAUAGGAGAUCGAGAUCAAGGUCACGCGAAAGGAGGCGUCGCAGUCGAAGCCAUGAACGGAAGAGGCCAUGGACAUAAGAAAAGCAGAGGCUCAGCAGAAGCUGGCAGCACUGAAGGCAGCCAACCCCGAUCUCACUCCAGCGGAACUCAUGAGACGCAGCAUGGAGGCUCAAGUGGAGGAGGUCAAGAAACAGACUGGAAUCAUCCCCUGCCGUCGUACUACAAUCCCGUACUAUGAAUACCCAUGAAGUUUGCAGAACAGGAGCGUAAGAAGAAGCUUCUUUGGGGGAAUAAGAGUAAGUCCAUAGAUGGCGCCACAGGUGUAGGUGGGGCGGUUGCCAGCAUAGGAGGAACCUCUCUGUACGGGAGCCUCACUUCAACAGAGCAUCCAGCAGUGGCAGCAGCAGUUAACAGCAAUGUUCCUGCUGGAGGAAUGGCAGGAAAACCAGGAUUGCUGGGUACUGCUAGUGGUGUUGCUGGAGGGGGUGGUGGAGGGCAAGCAUCCCUCUGGGCCAGUACAAGAUUCGCAAAUGACAAAGAUGGCAAGAUGGCCGAGAAAUUCCGUAGGCUAAUGGGAGUGAAGGAUUCAGGUGGAGGGAGUGAAAGUGGAGGGGGAGGAGGAGGCGGAGUAGGAGGAGGUGGUGUUGGGUGGAGGAGGUGGUGGUGGAGGAGGGGGGAAGGGGAGGGGAGGUGGUGGAAUACCAAGCACCAACUCCACGUCAUCCUCUUCAGGCAGCUCGAACAAAGGCGUGGACCUCCUCCAGAAGCAGGAGACCAUGUUUUUCUUCCUUUCCAUGGAAAGGCAGUACGAAAUGGCCAGGCUGGCUACCACACUCACAAAGGCUUUGGCUUAGGUUUCACAAGCCAGUCAUUCAUGCCUAAAUAAUGACUUUGUGUAGGUUGUAUGCUCACUAGAAUUAUGGUUGAUCACAAAUGGAAAACUGGAAAGCGUGAUGUACACAAGCAGGAGCAGCAGCAGGAGGAAGCAGCAGUGAGUGGGAGUAGGCUUAUUUCUGUUGUUAGUCAUGCCUUCACCAGCAUUAUUUUCUUUUCCCAUCAGAAUUGAGUAAACACAGUUAUACAAUUCAAGUAUUGUAUGUUUGACGUAGAUGAUGUGCUGUACAUAAUGUGGAUUUCACUCAAUUAUGUGUUUACAGAAAGCCGAUUUGUUUCGAGGCAACUCAAAAGAUUGCACUGAUGAUGUGCAUGUUUGAAUAAUUAGGGAUUAAAGAUUUUAGUCACGUUUGUCAGUUGUUAGAACUCCUUCCAACAGUGUCUUUAGUGGGGGCAAGGGAAUGACCCAGUCUGGGAGAACAAAGAUUCAAUUCAUUUGCACUUGGAAAAACUUCUUAGGAAAGUUCUCCUUUUGAAUCUACCCCACCUUUGCAAAUACAUACAAUGAUUGCAUUUAUAAAGGAAGUCAAGUCAGUGUUGUACGUUUCCACAGGAAGAAUCGCAGGUGAACUCUGUUAGAAAUAUUGUAUAGAUUUGAUUGUGUGCAAUUCUAUCACCCUCACCGUUGUGUACUUUUCUCUGUUUUUUAGUGAAGGUACUUAUUAUUUGAUUGGUUAAUCAAGACCAGCGAGUCGCUCGUAGAAUUGUACGGCUCAGCCGAAGGCUUUGAUCGACAGUAAAAAGCAAAAAUGGAAGUGAGGUAAAAGCAAAGAAACUGGAAAGGUGAUUUGGAAAAAUCUAAAGGAAAGAAAUGUGUAGAGACAAAGCCCAGAAGCACCCUGGCUAAGCUGGAAGAGCUCAGCGGAAGGAACACUGCCUCAGAAAAAUCUUUAUUACCUUUCCGCUACAGUAACAGGAAAGGGUUGGAUAAGAUCUCAGUGAUUAUUGCAAAGAAAAAAUCUAAAAAAAAAAAGUUUUUGUCUUGUUUGCAUCCUGGUUAAGUGUUUUCUCAUUUGAGAGAUAGAUUUUAUUUAUAUAGUAUAUUAAGGUUGAAAGUGUUGUCUUGAAUCCUUUGUGAAGUUUAUUUUAUAACCUUGGAUGGGACUGAGUUGAUUCAGCUUCCUCCCUGUUGCGAAGUUUGAAGUUGAAUGCCUCGUCGUCUCUUGCAAACGUGGAAGUAUUUUCUAUGAAAAUUCUGAGAGCAGGAUUUUUACGCUAAGUGUCGUACCACUGACUUAGGAGUGUCUGUUAAAUCUUGAUAUAUUGUUUUGUUUGCUGUUUUAAAAUGAACUUGGCCUGUGUUUCAGUUGAUGUCAUCAAAGAAUGAGCUAACCUUCAUAUACUGUAAUUCCUUCUCUUCUUACAUUCCACCAAUGUAGACUGCACUGAGGUGAAAGCAGUUAAAAUUAUUUGGCCAUAGUAUAGUUGUCUAAUUUCUUCCAGACAUUUUUGUUUGUUCUUGCUAGAUAUUUAUAGAAAACUUUCACAUUGCUUCCCAGAUAUUUAAAUAUGUAUUUGAAGUGUGUUGGUUUACUGAAUUCUUGGUAUAUACUUUGUUAUUUAUUGCUCAUUUUAUGUUAUAGACAUGAGAGAUUCAUAUAAACAUACAUUUGUGCCCCUUUUUGGUAUAAAUCUACAUUUGGUAGAGCAUUGGCAAGGGUUUAUUCAUUAUAAACAAAUUGAAACACCUGACAUAAACAGUGUAUAAACUAAACACACUGCCUUAUGUGACAGCAGUAUAUUGCCUAAAAUUAGAUUUACUUACAUUUUCCUUGGAGUGUGUGCGUGCAUGUGUGUACGUGUAUGUGUAUGUGGACAUUUCUCAUGAGGUAGCCAUUCAGUAUUGCAUACCUUCAGUACUGCGUAUGAUUUAUAUAUCAAUCUUUUUAAAGUUGCUGAAGGUUUGUUUUAACUGGUCUACUAUUCUCCCCUUCAUUAUAGACAGUUGCUGGUUUGGAGUAUUGAUUGUAAGUGUUUUGAUGAAAUAUCAGGAAUGUUUUUACCAGUUAAAGAUGAGUUGAACCCUCAUGCAAUUAACGUUUAAUGAGUAUUUUCCUUUGGGGCUUCAUUUCUCCUUAAUUUUUCCUAGUAUUUAUCUACUCGAGAUGACUUACAGUAUAUGAGAUUAGUUACUUUUUUCCAUUUUGUUGUCUACAUGGCCUUGUUAUUUCUAAGAACUGAUCUUUUUUUCUUCAGUACAAGGUAAUUUUAUGUAUCCGGGGACUUCUACAACAAGGUUGUACACUCAUUAUGACAAGUUAACUUAGCUUAAGUUAAAGUUUAAACCUUAACGGGAGAAUCAAUACAAAAGCUUAUACAUUUUCUCUUCCAUUAAUGAGAUGGAAGCUUGAUUUUGACACUUGUUUACUGACGAAUUGAAAGAUGGAUGUGAGAAUAUGAGAGGUGCAUUUUAGGAAUUUGUGAACGUGGCCACCAGAAUGCUUGCAGCUGUUAAGCUUCAAACUGCAGGGCACUCUAGUAAUUAACUAUGAAUUUUUUGCGGGAAUGCCAUGUUUGUUAAAAAGAAAUUGAUGCCUUACAGCAUAUUUUUGUACUGUUCAAUCACACAGUAUAGCUGAAAAACACUUCACACACAGACACGUUGUGUGUUCUGCAUAUGCGUGUGUGAUUGUCUAGAGUGUGGUACGGUAUCGUUUUAACUUUAUUUGUCAAAAACCUAAUAGAUUCCGUUGACAAAAAUAUGCAUUUCAGUUAAAGAGAAGUUCAUGAUAUCAGGCAGUACCUUAAAGAAGUACUCGGAAAGGCAAACAUCUAGUAUGAGGCGAGAUUGAAUUUUACAAAGUGUAAUUCCUCCCUGUGUCAGAAAGCUGUCUGUGCAGGUCUCGUUAAGACAAAGCAUGUGCGCUACUCUAUAACGGACAGUUGACCCUCUAGUCAUAGCUUUUUUUUUCUCUCAAAGGAAAGGUUAAUGGUCUACAGAAAUUAUGCUGAGCAUGAUUUGACUACUUAGGUACGAACAAGACCUGUUAUCGAAGUCCCUUGCAACAAGUGUUCUGUAAUAAAUGUUCUUUUCUAAA